AAGGAGAAAAUGCAAAAAGUGUGGAUAGGAACCAGCCAUGGUAGUUAGCGAGGGUUUAACCCAAGUUUAGGGAGAAAAGGGAAAAAAAGACAAGCUUUGGAAAAAGGGGAGAGAGAGAGAGAAGGAGAUGUCAGUAUCUUUUUAGUACAGACCAUACAUACACACACGCAUUAACAGAGAAUGCACCUUUCUUUUCUUCCUUGUUUUUUAUUUUGUUGAGCGAGAGCGAGAGCGAGAGCGAGAGCGAGAAAUUCAAAUGGAGGGUAUCAAUAAAGCGCGUCUAAAAAUACUCAAAACAGAAUGCUUUGCAUUUGCACACACUAAAAGAUACCCACUUUAUACUCUACUAUACUACGCUACCAUGUUUUACACAUAUAUAUACACACAGGGAGAGUUAAAAACAGAACAUUCGAAAUACAUGAUGGUUUCAGUGAAAGAGAUGUUGUGAAGUGCGGCUGCUCUGAUCAUGUCUACCUGCUCCUGCUCCUUCUCUCUCAUUCUUCUCCUCUUCUUCCUCACCUCCACCCUUUCUUUCGAGCCUCGAAAUCCUGAAGUUGAAGCUCUUACUGCAAUAAGGCAAGGUCUGAAUGAUCCACAUGGAGCUCUCACCAACUGGGAUGAAGACUCCGUCGAUCCUUGCAGCUGGUCCAUGAUUACUUGCAAUUCCGACAACCUCGUCACUGCCCUCGGAGCGCCUAGCCAGGGAUUAUCAGGCUCCUUGUCUUGGAUGAUUGCAAAUCUCACUAAUCUUAAACAAGUAUUGCUGCAAAACAACAAUAUCUCUGGGCGCAUUCCCAAAGAGUUAGGCUAUCUUCCAAAUCUUCAAACCUUGGAUCUCUCCAACAACAAGCUGCUUGGACAUAUCCCUGAAUCCUUUGGUUUCUUGAACCAUUUGCAGUAUCUGAGAUUAAACAACAAUAGCUUGAGUGGGUCUGUUCCUCUGUCCUUGGCCAGUCUUCCUCAACUUGCUUUCUUGGAUUUGUCCUUCAACAAUCUCAGUGGACCUGUGCCCACUUUUCCCACAAAAUCAUUUAAUAUUCAGGGAAAUCCUCAAAUUUGUGGAAGCCACUCUUCUGAAAAAUGUUCUGGAUCAAAUCUUGCUAGCCCCCUUGCAUUUUCAAGAACUCAAUCUUCAGAAAGAACCAACUCAAAGAGACUAGGAAUUGCACUAGGAGUGAGCCUAGGCUUUGUCUGUGUUCUAAUCGCUGUGUUCGGGUUUCUCAUCUGGAGAAGAAGCAAGAAUACGAAGGAAUGCAUUUUAAAUCUCACAGAUGUGCAAGAAGAUGACCUUGAUCUUACAAGAUUAGGAAACCUUAGGAACUUUACAUUCAAAGAGCUGCAGCAUGCUACUGACAACUUCAGCUUGAAGAACAUACUCGGGGUUGGAGGAUUUGGCAAUGUGUAUCGAGGGAAGCUGGGAGAUGGGGCCGUGGUGGCAGUUAAACGACUGAAAGACUUGACGGGAACUACAGGGGAAUCACAGUUCAGAACUGAGUUAGAGAUGAUCAGUUUAGCAGUUCAUCGCAAUCUGCUUCGUAUAAUAGGCUACUGUGCCACCCCAAACGAGAGGCUUCUUGUGUAUCCUUAUAUGUCUAAUGGGAGCGUGGCAUACAGACUUAGAGGGAAACCGGCUCUAGAUUGGACGACGAGGAAGAAGAUUGCAGUGGGAGCUGCAAGGGGACUGCUGUAUCUCCACGAGCAGUGUGAUCCGAAGAUAAUCCACAGGGACGUGAAGGCUGCAAACGUGCUGCUAGAUGAGCACUAUGAGGCUGUAGUGGGUGAUUUUGGGCUUGCAAAGCUGCUGGAUCAUGGCGAAUCCCAUGUGACCACAGCAGUACGUGGCACGGUUGGCCACAUUGCACCUGAGUACCUCUCCACGGGCCAGUCAUCUGAGAAGACCGACGUCUUUGGCUUUGGCAUCCUACUCUUGGAGCUCAUCACCGGAAUGAGAGCCCUCGAGUUUGGGAAAUCAUCCAACCAGAAAGGAGCUAUGCUAGAAUGGGUUAAGAGAAUACAGCAAGAAAAGAAAGUGGAGCAAAUGGUAGACAGAGAGCUGGGGAUGAGCUACGAUGAGAUUGAGGUAGGGGAGAUGCUGCAGGUAGCUCUGCUUUGCACACAGUACUUGCCCGCUCAUCGUCCUAGGAUGUCCGAAGUUGUAAGGAUGCUGGAGGGCGAUGGCCUGGCCGAGAAAUGGGCGGCUUCCCACAGCUUCGUUCAUACCACUAGAAGCUUCUCAGGCAAGAGCAAGUCUCAUUCCCAUGAGGAGCUUGACCAUGAUCAGUCAAGCUUAUUUGGGAUGACGAACACCAUGGAUGACGACUAUGAUGCUCAUUGCAUGGAGCUUUCGGGUCCGAGGUAGGAGUGGGUAGUUAAUAAAUGAGUUUAGUUUUUCAGUCAUUUGGAAAGAAAGAAAAUGGAAAACUAGGUUGGCUUUGGUUUUUGGAGGAAAGUGAGGAAUAGUAGUAGUCGGUAUAUGUUUUGCAUGCCUAGUUGUUUUAGAAUGAUUAUAUUUUUUGUGAUGUAUAUAUAAUUUCUUUUGAUGUC